CUCAACUUCUUGUAUAUAUAUUAUUGUAAGGAGAGCUAGGGUUAGGAGGUGAGCCGCACAAAGAAACCUUAAGAGGAAGGGUGAAGCUGCCAUUGCCAUGUUUCAUCCCCGACGUCAGCUCUCGCCGGAAACAACCAUAGAGAGAGUGAGAGAGAUAGCAACGAAGGGCUCCAGGCGCGGUGUUGAUUUCGGGUUUAAGGUCAUCGUUUCUGACCUGUUCGAUUGGGUUUAUCAUCGAGUGUUAUAAGGGAUGCAACCACUAGUCUAUGACAUCAGUCAAAACUCUCACUGGAUCGUUAGUUGAGAGAAAGAGGUGGGGAUAGUUUAGCGAGAACGGGGUCAUUCCGUCAGCACCAGCUCUGCGCGACACCGUGAACUUGGUGGGGAUGUGCCUUCCGGUGGCUACGUCAUCCUCCGCCAAUUUUGUGGGACUCCGAUGAAUCCCAUAUGUUCUCCAGAGUAGUAAAGGCAGAUGCAGCAGUAGGGAAGAAGACAAGAACUCAUAACUUGGUCGUGGAGUUACGUUUCCUGGUGAGCGAAGAAUUCAACCACCGUCGAAGGAAUUCUCUUGUGUGCCGCCUGGAAGCUAGCUCGGGAAGCUGUCAUCCAGUAGUCUGGGAUUUCGUCUGCAGGACUUCAACAGUGCAAGGUACAUUGUUUCAAAGGAAAGGAGUCGGCUUGAUCGCAGCACAUCACACUAUGUUUUCCGCACAUGAGAUCUUUGGGAUUACACUCUAAUAUGGUUUUAUGAUAAUAUGUUUUGAUUAUUGACACUUUGGUUUUGACAGGAGAUAUCAGUAUGAAUGUUUUUAUACUGUUGGUUUUAUAUAAUAACUUAAUUAAAAUGAUUUUUUUUUGGUUUUAAAUUUUGGGAUGUUACAAGUUGGUAUCAGAGCCUUGGUUUGAGG